AUGGAGGCGGAGGCCGUCAUGCUGGGCCAGCCAAUCAGCAUGGUGCUCCCUGAGGUCAUCGGCUACAGGCUGCAAGGCACUCCAGACAAGUUCAUCACCUCCACCGACAUAGUCCUCACUGUCACCAAGGUAACCGGUUACACAGUUGCAUGACAAUGGGGCCACUGUUUAUCUAUCCUCUUAGACAUCUCUUUUGAACAAAUCUGUCUAAUCAAUAUAGCUCAAGGCAUGAAAUUAUUCAACAAAGUAGUACUAUCAAUGCGAUUCAUUUGGAGGCUGUUGAUUUGAUUCUUGAAAAACGGACUUUCCCUAAUGGGAUCAAUAAACUUGUAUUAAAUAGUUUAGUUGUAGAUAAACAAUGGCGAAUGUUUCAUUCCACAAGUGUAUGUCACAUAGAAACACCACUUGUCUAAGUGUCCCAUGCUCUCCCUCUCUGCCCACAGCACCUGCGCCAGAUCGGCGUCGUGGAGAAGUUUGUGGAGUUCUUCGGCCCAGGUGUGGCACAGCUGUCCAUCGCCGACCGAGCCCAGAUUGCUAACGUGCCCAGAGUAUGGAGCCACUGCAGCCUUCUUCCCGUGGACUACAUCAGUGUUCAGUACCUGGAGCAGACAGGUGGGAUCUUUAAAUGUUGCAUAUUCCAGAAAAAGCAUGGCAGAUGCUACUUUUAAACUGUAGCCUCUGAGGUUUUAGCACCUACUGUCAACAAUGUCUAAAUACUUCAGAGUUAUUUGAAAUGUAAAACGCGGUUGAAAACAGUAUAAGUCACCUUCCCAUGGCAGUCAGAACUUUGUCCUUUCUCUUUUUCUUAUGUUUCCCUUCAUUUCUUUUUGCUGCUCCCUCUGCUCAGGGAGAGAUGCUGAGAAGCUGGACGACAUCACUAGGUAUCUGAAAGCAGUCGCCAUGUUCAGAGACUAUAGCAACUCCUCCCAGGACCCCGACUUCACCCAGGUACUCGAAUCCAAACUGGAUCAUUUUAAAAUGCAUUUCAUCAUUUAGAAAUGAGGACUUGUAGAUGUAAGUUUCAGGAUUUAUGAUAAAAGAUUGUCAGGCAUGAGUUAUGGCAACUUUGGCAAGUUAUUCUGUUUUGAAAGUGAUUGGACACAGUCUAUGUCUGGGAUCUACAGUAUGUGUCAAGUGAUCACUAAUAAGUUUCACUAAUAACCCUCUUUAAUUCUUGUUCUACUCUUCUAUGGGUUAAGGAGGCAUCACAGAUUUCCAUCCAGGUCAGUAGGAGGGAUCAUGUAAGAGGUGCUCCCACUAGCUUUUCUAACUCUGUGGACAUGUCUUUGCAGCAAGGCUUCAAGGGUUUCCAGGUGGCCCCGGAGCGUCACCACGCGGAGGUUCCCUUCCAGUACAAUGACAAGGAAUACAGCCUCUCCCAUGGCUCAGUGGUCCUCGCUGCCAUCACCAGCUGCACCAACACCAGCAACCCCUCUGUUAUGCUGUGGGCUGGUACGUACUAGCCCUUGCCCCAUACCCCAUGCCCUAUCUGGGUCGUGUUCAUUAGACACCAAACAGAAGAACAUUCACUGAAAUGGGGAGGGACUACCGUUUUGAAAUGUUUUUCAUUACGUGCCCGAAUGAACACGACCCAGCUAUCAGCAGAUGUGAUUUGACUUCUAUCUGGGAAGUUUCUCAGUCAUUGAGGUUUAAUUGGUUCUGUGUUGCUUUUCAGGUCUCCUGGCGAAGAAGCUGGACUGAGCAUGAAGCCCUACAUCAAGACCAGCCUGUCGCCCGGCAGUGGAGUGGUCACAUACUACCUGAAGGAGAGCGGCGUCAUGGACUACCUCUUCCAGCUCGGGUAAGGCAGUCCUUCCUAAAGACUGACCGAUAGUCUAGAGAUAAGGGGUUACUCUCAAAAAUCUGUCCUAGCUCCUUGCAUUCUUUCUCCUUACAUUCCCCUCCCCAUCAGGUUUGAAGUGGUGGGCUAUGGCUGCAUGACCUGUAUAGGCAACAGUGGGCCUCUCCCAGAGCCUGUGGUGGAGGCCAUUAUUCAGGUAACUACUAACUUUUAACAUUUACACCCACACCUGGGUCGUGUUCAUUAGGGAACCCAACAGAAAACGUUUUGGAAAGGAAAAUGAAAAUGAAUUACUCUCAUUGGACAAGUCCAUGUAGCCCCGCCCUGUUAAGUCCAUUUUCUUCUGAUGGGUGCCUUAUGAACACGACCCUGCAGGGUCAAUGGCUACAGGUCCUCACUCGAUGCUUUACCUGCCAUUCUCUUCCAGGGAGAUCUGGUAGCUGCUGGAAUCCUAUCAGGUAACAGGAAUUUUGAAGGGCGUGUCCACCCCAACACACAAGCCAAUUAUCUGGCCUCUCCCCCACUGGUCAUCGCCUAUGCCAUCGCCGGAACUGUGAGGAUUGACUUUGACAAAGAGCCCAUUGGUGAGUAUCUUCAAACAAACACAGUGUUCUCUUGGCAACAGUUGUAUAGUUUUACUAUAUAGCAUUUACACCAGUGGAAGCUGAAAUGUCUGUAAUGAAAUGAAUGGAGUGGUACCAUUCCAUUCCCCCGAUUACAAUGAGCCCAUUCUCCGAUUUAAAAGUGACACCAGCCUCCACUGGUUCACACAUACUGUUCUGGAGUACUCAAGAAGUUGAAUGAGAUUAGGCCGUCCCGUGCUGUUACUGGUUUCUGUUGUUUCUCUCUCUCUCUCAUAUAUCUCCUCUGGAAGCCCAGUGACACAAGACUUCCAGACGAGCUAAACCACUUCUAUGCUCGCUUUGAGGCAAGCAACACUGAAGCAUGCAUGAGAGCACCAGCUGUUCCGGAUGACUAUGUGAUCACGCUCUCCGUAGCCGAUGUGAGUAAGACUUUUAAGCAGGUCAACAUUCACAAGGCCGCAGGGCCAGACGGAUUACCAGGACGUGUACUCCGAGCAUGUGCUGACCAACUGGCAAGUGUCUUCACUGACAUUUUCAACAUGUCCCUGACUGAGUCUGUAAUACCAACAUGUUUCAAGCAGACCACCAUAGUCCCCGUGCCCAAGGACUCUAAGAUAACCUUCCUAAAUGACUACCGAGCCGUAGCACUGACGUCUGUAGCCAUGAAGUGCUUUGAAAGGCUGGGCAUGGCUCACAUCAACAGCAUUAUCCCAGAAACCCUAGACCCACUCCAAUUUGCAUACCGCCCCAACAGAUCCACAGAUGAUGCAAUCUCUAUUGCACUCCACACUGCCCUUUCCCACCUGGACAAGAGGAACACCUACGUGAGAAUGCUAUUCAUUGACUACAGCUCAGCAUUCAACACCAUAGUGCCCUCAAAGCUCAUCACUAAGCUAAGGAUCCUGGGACUAAACACCUCCCUCUGCAACUGGAUCCUGGACUUCCUGACGGGCCGCCCCCAGGUGGUAAGGGUAGGUAACAACACAUCUGCCACACUGAUCCUCAACACGGGGGCCCCUCAGGGGUGCGUGCUCAGUCCCCUCCUGUACUCCCUGUUCACCCAUGACUGCAUGGCCAGGCACGACUCCAACACCAUCAUUAAGUUUGCCGACGACACAACAGUGGUAGGCCUGAUCACCGACAACGAUGAGACAGCCUAUUGGGAGGAGGUCAGAGACCUGGCCGUGUGGUGCCAGGACAACAACCUCUCCCUCAACGUGACCAAGACAAAGGAGAUGAUUGUGGACUACAGGAAAAAAAAAGAGGACUGAGCACACCCCCAUUCUCAUCGACGGGGCUGUAGUGGAACAGGUUGAGAGCUUCAAGUUCCUUGGUGUCCACAUCACCAACGAACUAUCAUGGUCCAAACACACCAAGACAGUCGUGAAGAGGGCAUGACAAAGCCUAUUCCCCCUCAGGAGACUGAAAAGAUUUGGCAUGGGUCCUCAGAUCCUCAAAAAAUUCUACAGCUGCACCAUCGAGAGCAUCCUGACUGGUUGCAUCACCGCCUGGUAUGGCAACUGCUUGGCCUCCGAUCGCAAGGCACUACAGAGGGUAGUGCGUACGGCCCAGUACAUCACAGGGGCCAAGCAUCCUGCCAUCCAGGACCUCUAUACCAGGCGGUGUCAGAGGAAGGCCCUCAAAAUUGUCAAAGACUCCAGCCACCCUAGUCAUAGACUGUUCUCUCUGCUACCGCACGGCAAGCGGUACCGGAGUGCCAAGUCUAGGUCCAAAAGACUUCUCAACAGCUUCUACCCCUUAUGGCUUAUAAGACUCCUGAACAGCUAAUCAUGGCUACCCGGACUAUUUGCACUGCCCCCCCACCCCAUCCUUUUACGCUGCUGCUACUCUGUUAAUUAUUUAUGCAUAGUCACUUUAACUCUACCCACAUGUACAUAUUACUUCAACUACCUCAACUAGCCGGUGCCCCCGCACAUUGACUCUGCACCGGUACCCCCCUGUAUAUAUAGCCUCCCUACUGUUAUUUUAUUUUACUUCUGCUCUUUUUUUCUCAACACUUUUUUUGUUGUUGUUUUAUUUUUAAUUUUUUGUUAAAAAUAAAUGCACUGUUGGUUAAGGGCUGUAAGUAAGCAUUUCACUGUAAUGUCUGCACCUGUUGUAUUCGGCGCAUGUGGCCAAUGAAAUUUGAUUUGAUUUGAUAUACCUUUGAACAAUGAAGGGAAGGCAGUUUUCCUGAGGGAUAUCUGGCCCUUGCGGCAGGAGAUCCAGACUGUGGAGAGACAGUUUGUAAUUCAGGCGAUGUUCAAAGAGGUCUAUGAGAAGAUUGAGGUAAACUCAGCUCUUUGGAAAAUAAUAUUCUAUAAUAUAAGGUUGGGGGGGGGUUCUAAGUAAUCUGAACUUUUCAUGACUAAAAAAGUAUGAAAAUUUUUAAGAUGUGGGUGAAUAGCAGACUUUUUCAAGGUAUUCGUACAUUUAGUGUAGAGAGCUAUUGUUGUUGUAGUUUUAUAUGUGACUGUUCUACCCUGUUCCGCCCUGGCAGAAAGUGAACGAACACUGGAACGCCCUCAACACCCCCCCCAGACAAGCUGUACACCUGGAACCCCAUGUCCACCUAUAUCAAGUCUCCACCCUUCUUUGAUGGACUGGUAUGACACACAAACAAUGCCGUUGUUGUAAUGUCUGAUUUCUUUCCCCUCUCAGGUUUUAUCUUUGAAAGGGAUUGUUCAGUGAAAGUACAUAUUUAUAUAUUGUUCCAUACGUAAAAAUGUAUGCGCACAUGACUGUAAGUCGCUUUGGAUAAAAGCGUCUGCUAAAUGGCAUAUUAUUAUUAUUAUUAUUAUUAUUAUUAUAUAUUUAUUUCCUUACCUUGAAAUUAGUUUAUGGACUGUGUAGAGGGUUCUUUACACAGUGCUGAUAUUCUCUUAUUCUUAAAAAAACUUUAAACUUCAGAAAAUGACACAGACAACGGCUUGUAUAUGUAAAAUAUAUAUAGUUAUGCAAUUGCAGGCAGACAUUAAUACAGAGUCAACAUGAUUUGUAUAGAUAGCUCUUCAUAAGUUCUGUUUGGUGUCUAAGACAUCCUGUAACUUAUAAAGCCUCCCCAACCCUUCCUAGCGUGACUUCCCCUAACAACAACAGCUUAAUACAUCUACCUAUCCCUGACAGCGCCAAUCAUCUUGUCAGUAUUCUAUAGCUUCAAAAACAUGGGCUUGACCGAUACUUGUCUUCUCAUACAGAAACUAAACAAUAUCAUCUUGUGACAUACAAAAUUUCAUAAAGGAGAAGUAAGCGGCUUAUAGCUCAAGGGGAUAUUUCUUGUUGUUAGGCGCAGCGUCCUCUUUUCACAGAACCAGACAGCCAGAGUGUCAGUCAGACACAGAGGUGCAGAUGCGUGGGCGUCCUCUUAUCUGAUAGUGCCUGCAGGGUAAGAUACUCAGACAUGUUUUAACACACACACAGGCCUCUCUAGAGGAGGCCUUUAUAAUCUAAUAUUUCAUAUCGCAUUUCAUUAACCCUUUAGAGGGGUUGACACUCCAAGUUAACCCCUUCAACUGCAAUCCACAACCACUUUCACAAACUUUCUUUUACUUUCUACGUGCUGCUAAACGUCGGUGACUCUGUGACCACAGACCACAUCUUUCCUGCUGGGAACAUCGCCCGAACCUACCUGACCGGCAGAGGGUGAGAGAGAUGGGAGGGGAGGCAGUAACUAUAGCCUUUUCACACUACUGAGCCGAGCCACGCUGUAUUGGCCUGGUUAGUUGCUGGAAUCAUAGUUGCUGGAAUGGACAAUGUGAAAGGAAAAAAAUCCAAGCCAGCCCAGUACAGUUUGGGUGGGCGCGAAAGUGUGAAAGCUUUAUUUUGCUAACUAGCUUUAGCUUAUUACAGUGAGCUCCAAAAGUAUUGGGACAGUGACACAUAUUGUUAUUGUUUUGGCUCUGUACUCCAGCACUUUGGAUUUGAAAUGACACAAUGAAUGUGAAGUUAAAGUGCGGACUGUCAGCUUUAAUUUGUAUUUUCAUCCAGAUUGGGUGAAGUGUUUAGAAAUUACAGCACUUUUUGUACAUAGUGCCCCCUCCACCCCAUUUUAGGGGAUCAAAAGUAUUGGGACAAAUUCACUUAUGUGUAUUAAAGUAGUCAAAUGUUUAGUAUUUGGUCCCAUAUUCAUAGCACGCAAUGACUACAUCAAGCUUGUCUCUCUACAAAUGUGCUGGAUGCAUUAGCUGUUUGUUUUGGUUGCAUGCAACAUUUUAAAGUAGUCAACCGGAUUGGACUUACUAUGGGUUUAUAGAAAUGAAUGGUAAAUAAUGUAUUGUAUAAUUUUGGAGUCACUUUUAUUGUAAAUAAGAAUAGAAUGUGUUUCUAAACACUUUACAUGAAUAAUAAUAAUCCUGAAUGAAUUGUGAAUAAUGAUGAGUAAGAAAGUUAGAGGCAUAAAUAUCAUUCCCCCAAAACAUGCUAACCUCCCUCCCCUGUUAUUGUAAUGGUGAGGUUAGCAUGUUUUGGGGUAUGAUAUUUGUGCAUCUUUCUCACUAAUCAUUAUUCACGAUUCAUUCAGGAAUAUCCGCAACCAUGGUAGCAUCCACAUUAAUGUAAACUCAGCAAAAAAAGAAUCUCACUGUCAACUGUGUUUAUUUUCAGCAAACUUAACAUGUGUAAAUAUUUGUAUGAACAUAAGAUUCAACAACUGAAUUUCCACAGACAUGUGACUAACAUAAAUUGAAUAAUGUGUCCCUGAACAAAAGGGGGGUCAAAAUCAAAAGUAACAGUCAGUAUCUGGUGUGGCCACCAGCUGCAUGAAGUACUGCAGUGCAUCUCCUCCUCAUGGACUGCACCAGAUUUGCCAGUUCUUGCUGUGAGAUGUUACCCCACUCUUCCACCAAGGCACCUGCAAGUUCCCAGACAUUUCUGGGGGGAAUGGCCCUAGCCCUCACCCGCCGAUCCAACAGGUCCCAGACGUGCUUAAUUGGAUUGAGAUCCGGGCUCUUCGCUGGCCAUGGCAGAACACUGACAUUCCUGUCUUGCAGGAAAUCAUGCACAGAACGAGCAGUAUGGCUGGUGGCAUUGUCAUGCUGGAGGGUCAUGUCAGGAUGAGCCUGCAGGAAGGGUACCACAUGAGGGAGGAGGAUGUCUUCCCUGUAAUGCACAGCGUUGAGAUUGCCUGCAAUGACAACAAGCUCAGUCCGAUGAUGCUGUGACACACCGCCCCAGACCAUGACGGACCCUCCACCUCCAAAUCGAUCCCGCUCCAGAGUACAGGCCUCGGUGUAACGCUCAUUCCUUCGACGAUAAACGUGAAUCCGACCAUCACCCCUGGUGAAGCAAAACCGCGACUCGUCAUUGAAGAGCACUUUUUGCCAGUCCUGUCUGGUCCAGCGACGGUGGAUUUGUGCCCAUAGGCGACGUUGUUGCCGGUUAUGUCUGGUGAGGACCUGCCUUACAACAGGCCUACAAGCCCUCAGUCCAGCCUCUCUCAGCCUAUUGCGGACAGUCUGAGCACUGAUGGAGGGAUUGUGCGUUCCUGGUGUAACUCGGGCAGUUGUUGUUGCCAUCCUGUACCUGUCCCGCAGGUGUGAUGUUCGGAUGUACCAAUCCUGUGCAGGUGUUGUUACACGUGGUCUGCCACUGCGAGGACUAUCAGCUAUCCGUCCUCUCUCCCUGUAGCACUGUCUUAGGCAUCUCACAGUACGGACAUUGCAAUUUAUUGUCCUGGCCACAUCUGCAGUCCUCAUGCCUCCUUGCACCAUGCCUAAGGCACGUUCACACAGAUGAGCAGGGACCCUGGGCAUCUUUAUUUUUGUGUUUUUCAGAGUCAGUAGAAAGGCCUCUUUAGUGUCCUAAGUUUUCAUAACUGUGACCUUAAUUGCCUACCGUCUGUAAGCUGUUAGUGUCUUAACGACCGUUCCACAGGUGCAUGUUCAUUAAUUGUUUAUUGUUCAUUGAACAAGCAUGGGAAACAGUGUUUAAACCCUUUACAAUGAAGAUCUGUGAAGUUAUUUGGAUUUUUACUAAUUAUCUUUGAAAGACAGGGUCCUGAAAAAGGGACAUUUCUUUUUUUGCUGAGUUUAGAAGUGUUUAGAAACAUAUUCUAUUCUUAUUUACAAUAAAAGUGACUCCAAAAUGACACACUACAUUAUUUACAAUACAUUUCUAUUUGGCACAAAAUAAUCUGAAACACAACCAAAACAAACAGCAAAUGCAUCAAAAGACUGAUGCAAUCAUUGCGUGCUAGUAAUAUGGGACUAAAGACUACACUUUUGACUAAUUUAAUAAACAUAUAAGUGAAUUUGUCCCAAUACUUUGAGUCCCCUAAAAAGGGGGGACUAUGUACAAAAAUUGUGGUAGUUUCUAAACGGUUCACCUGAUAUGGAUGGAAAUACCCUCAAAUUAAAGCUGUCAGUCUGCACUUUAACCUCAAUCAUUGUAUAUUUUCAAAUCCCAAGUGCUGGAGUACAGAGCCAAAACAUCAAAAAAAGUGUCACUGUCCCAAUACUUUUGGAGCUCACUGUAUGUCUAGCUAGCUUUAGCUUAGUAUGUUUUUAUGUUGGAGUCGAGUUGCACCCAGACUCCAAAGUAACAUUUGAACCCCUUUCCAGUUUGAACCCACGUGACGGCUCUCGGCGUGGCAACGAUGCUGUGGUGGCCCGUCACACGUUCGCCAAACAUCCGUCUCUUCAACAAGUUCCUGAACAAUCAGGCACCGCGUACCCUGCACCUACCCUCUGAUGAAACGGUAAGGCCCUGGAACAAACGGAUAACGUAAUAACUUUCAAUAAUGUCAUACGUUUUCCUGUUAUAAUGUAAUAAAACCAGAUAAUGUAAUGCAGCUCCCUCCUAUAGCUCAGUUGGUAGUCCAUGGCGCUUGCAAUGCCAGGGUUGUGGGUUCGAUUCCCACGGGGGGCCAGUAUGAAAAAUAUAUACACUCGCUCUGGAUAAGAGCGUCUGCUAAAUGACGUAAAUGUAAAAUAAUUGUAUAACUUGUAUACAUUCUCUGGUGGCUAUUACUUUAUCAAAUGAGUAACACAAUUUUUAUGACUAAUGUAAUGACUUACAUUUAUUGUAUGUUUAGUGUUUGUUCUUGUAUUUUGACUGCAUAUUACAGUGUAUUUUGUUUCAUGGCUGUUAUAUGUACUAUGGUUGUCCCUAUGUAUCAAUGUAUUCAGUGUGCUCUAGCCGUUGUCUGCUUCCCUGAACAGCUGGAUGUGUUUGACGCUGCAGAGUGCUACCAGCAGGCUGGCUUCCCCCUCAUGAUCCUGGCUGGGAAGGAGUACGGCUCUGGCAGCUCCAGAGACUGGGCCUCUAAAGGUCCUUUCCUCCUGGUCAGGCUCUCGUCUUCUUUCACGACAGCGUUAUCAUCACACAAACUCAUUUGAUCAUGUAUGAUGUAUUAGCUGAAUGUAAAUUAGGGGCAAGCCUGUAUGAUACUUUUCAGUAUCAAAUAUAAGAUUCUGGUGGGCUAUGUGGAUGUUUUUGUAAUAUAUUUAUUGAACAAAGAUUAUACAAUGCAAAGUAGGGAGCAUUCAAGGUACACAUAACAAACGGUGAGCUAUGUAGAUGCCCACUGUUACCUGCCUGAUACCCUUCCUCUGUUCCCCUCUCCCAGGGCAUCAAGGCUGUGCUGGCAGAGAGCUAUGAAAUGAUCCACCGCAGUAACCUGGUGGGCAUGGGGGUGAUCCCUCUGGAGUACCUGGCCGGGGACACGGCAGACAGCCUGGACAUGACGGGGCGAGAGCGCCACACAGUGGUCAUCCCAGAGCCACUCACACCCAAGAUGAUUGUUGACAUUAAGGUACGUCCAGUGAUUACAUAGGGUGGGAAUUGGGAAAUUCUGAGUUAAUGAGUUAUGUGAAAGUCUGAGUUGCUAGUGGAUGUCUAGUCAAAAAAAGAACACUUAGUGAUUUCUAUGAACUCUCUAAUACAUUAUGAUUCUGUAAUAGAUUAGAAAGGAGCAAUGCUCAAUAUAUUUGCCUUUUUUACUAUGAGCAACCUACAACUGUCAGUUUACCCUUCCCUCACAGCUCAACACGGGCAAACAUUCCAGGCGAGGAUGAGGUUUGACACAGACGUGGAGCUGACGUACUUCCACAAUGGAGGCAUCCUCAACUACAAGAUCCGCAAAAUGUCUGAGAACUAG